GUUGCCCGCGUGCACCGCGUGGUGAGCAGAAGUUCUUGCGGUUAGCCGUGCUGUGGAGCUGCUCUCAGCCGGGAGCGCGUUAAUUCCUCUUAUAUUAACCAAACAGACAGUUAGAUAAAGAUGUUGGUGUUGUUUGAGACUGCGGCAGGCUAUGCCAUCUUUAAGGUCCUCGAUGAGCAGAAGCUUCAGCAGGUGGACAACCUGUGGAAGGAGUUCGAAACGCCGGAAAAAGCCAACAAAGUAGUGAAGUUAAAAUAUUUUGAGAAGUUUCAAGACACAACUGAAGCUCUGGCAGCGGCCACUGCUUUGGUAGAAGGGAAGCUUGGAAAAAGUUUGAAGAAGGUGUUGAAAAAAGUUGUGGCCAAAGAUGCUCAUGAGCAGCUGGCGAUUACAGAUGCUAAACUGGGAGGAGUUAUCAAAGAAAAGCUGAACCUGAGCUGUGUACACAGUCCAGCUGUAGCUGAGCUCAUGAGGGGCAUCAGGAAUCAGAUGGAGGGCCUCAUCACUGGUCUUCCUCCCAGAGAAAUCAGUGCCAUGUCUCUUGGUCUGGCUCACAGCCUUUCCCGAUACAAGCUGAAGUUCAGUCCAGACAAAGUGGAUACCAUGAUUGUUCAGGCCAUAUCUUUACUGGAUGAUCUGGACAAAGAGCUGAAUAACUACAUCAUGCGCUGUCGUGAGUGGUACGGCUGGCACUUCCCCGAACUCGGAAAAAUCAUCACAGACAAUCUGGCCUACUGCAAGACUGUCCGCAAGAUUGGUGACCGCACAAAUGUGGCAAUCACUGACCUGUCUGAUGUGCUGCCAGAGGAGACCGAGGCUGAGGUCAAACUGGCUGUGGAAAUCUCAAUGGGAACAGAAGUAUCUGAGGAGGAUAUUACCAACAUCAUGCACUUGUGUGACCAGGUGAUUGAAAUCUCAGAAUAUCGUACUCAGCUGUACGAUUACUUGAAAAACCGCAUGAUGGCCAUCGCACCAAACCUCACAGUUAUGGUGGGAGAACUGGUGGGGGCUCGCCUCAUUUCACAUGCUGGUUCCCUGCUGAACUUGGCAAAGCACCCUGCAUCCACAGUGCAGAUUCUGGGGGCAGAGAAAGCUUUGUUCAGAGCGCUGAAGACCAGGAGGGACACGCCAAAGUACGGUCUGAUCUACCAUGCCUCCCUGGUGGGACAGACUACAGCUAAAAACAAGGGCAAGAUAUCCAGAACGUUAGCAGCUAAAACAGCUUUGGCCAUCCGCUACGAUGCACUGGGUGAAGACACCAAUGCUGAAAUGGGACUGGAAAACCGAGCCAAGCUGGAAGCGCGCCUGCGGCAACUGGAGGAGAAAGGAAUCAGACGCAUCAGUGGAUCAGGCAAGGCUCUGGCCAGGGCAGACAAGUAUCAGCACAAGAGUGAUGUUAAAGUGUACGACCCAUCUGGCGACUCUACGCUCCCCUCGGUCUCCAAGAAGAGAAAAAUAGAGGAAGUGGAGGAAGACAGACCAGUGGAGGCUAAACCCAAAAAAAUAAAGAAAGAAGCUCCAACAGAAGAAACUGAAGCAGCAGCUGAGGCACAAACAGAGACGCCCAAGAAGAAAAAGAAGAAGAAGAAGCACCAGCAGGAGGAGGAGCCUGCAGCGGAAGAGGAACCCGCAGUCAAGGAGGAGGAGCCUGCAGUAGAAGAGACAACAGAGAAAAAGAAGAAAAAGAAAGAAAAGAAACGAGCAGCAGAGGAAGAACUAGAGGCAACAGUCAGUCCCACAGAAGAGACGACAGAAAAGAAGAAAAAGAAAAAGAAGAAAGUUAAAGAAGAGGAAGAUGAAUGAACAAAGACUUUCCCCCCUUUUCUCUGAACAUUUUUCCUGUAUAUGAAAUUUUAUACAUCUUGUUUAUGGAUGUCAUGUGAUGGCCACAUGACCGAGCCUGGGCUGUUUAACCCUGACCAACUUCAGAGGACUAUUUUUAGUACAAUUUUAUUUUACACAAAUUAUUUCCUUUUAAGUAUGAGAAUAUAAAGCUCGGUUAAGAGGAAAUACAGAUGUGACUGUAGAUUUGGUGCAGGUGGAGCCAGCAGCUUUCUACAUGUGCUGGAGUUGCUGCACGCAGGGCCGAUCGGUUUGCCUUUUUUGUAUGUGUUCUGAUUUUGAAGAAAAUGAUGUAAAAGUGGUUUCUGUGUUGAGAAGCUGAGCUGUUAUUGAACAAGUGAGAGGGAGGUGUCUGCUGUGACUCCAAGAAUAAUUCACUGUUUUGUUUUCUUGUUUUGUUUCCCCCUCUGAUUCCACAGUGAAUAAAUCAUACUCUUCAGGCCAGUACACUCGCCCAUGCUGGUCUCAAGAUUCUGACAUGGA